GAUUAAGCCAUAUCAUUGAUUCAAAAUACCGAGCAUUGUCACGCAGGAUAUUGACAAUGUCUUCGCGUUUUCGUUUAGUAUAAAACGGCGGAGUGUCCAAAAUUAAACAUCAGUUCCCGACAAGACAGUUGAGGUACAAGCAAAAUGACUUCGUUUAUCGUCUUUUUUGCUCUGUCCGUUUUGACCUUGAAGUACUCAGACGCACUGACAGACGAACAAAAAAAUAAGAUACAAUCGAAAUUCAUAGAAAUUGGAGCAGAAUGUAUUGUGGAACAUCCUAUCUCUAUAGACGAUAUAAAUUCUUUCAAAAACAAGAAAUUCCCAAGUGGUGUAAACGCGGGCUGUUUUGUUGCUUGCAUAUUCAAUAAGAUUGGCCUCUUCGAUGACAAAGGAAAUCUGUCACACAACUCUGCCUUAGAAAAAGCCAAGGGAAUAUUCAAUGCGGAUGAGGAAGUAAAGAAUCUCGAAGAAUUCCUUAAUAGAUGUGCUAAAGGUACGGGUAUUAAAACCUUUGGGAAUUGUGAGGUUCGAAAAUUACAUUACAAUGGUUGGCAGUCGAGUUCACCACCAGUCUAGUGCUAAAAGGUUAUUAGAGAGGAUUAAUACUUUAUUGUC